CUCUUUAGAUCCCCAGAAACUGCGUUGGCGCGGAUCCCCGUCCGCGCGCUGGUGACGCGCACGCUGCGCCGGAAGUGCGGCUGUCGGUUUCCGGGCUCUGUUAUGGCUGCUCUCCGGACGCGAUGGAACCAUGUGUGGGUCGGCACCGAGACUGGGAUCCUGAAAGGGGUGAACCUUCAGCGCAAACAGGCGACGAACUUCACGGCGGCGGGACAGCCGCGGCGCGAGGAGGCGGUGAGCGCCCUGUGCUGGGGCGCGGGCGGUGAGACACAGAUCCUGGUGGGCUGUGCCGACAGGACCGUGAGGCACUUCAGCACCGAGGAGGGCAGAUUCCAGGGUCAGAGGCACUGCCCCGGCGGGGAAGGCACGUUCCGAGGUCUCGCCCAGGUUGACGGCACCCUCGUCACAUGUGUGGAUUCUGGGAUCCUCCGAGUCUGGCGUGAUAAUGACAAGGAGACAUCCUCUGACCCACUCCUGGAACUGAGGGUGGGUCCUGGGGUAUGUAGGAUGCGCCAAGACCCAGUGCACCCCCAUGUAGUUGCCACAGGUGGGAAGGAAAAUGCUUUGAAGGUGUGGGACCUGCUGGGGUCUGAGGAGCCUGUGUUCAGAGCCAAGAAUGUACGGAAUGACUGGCUCGACCUGCGAGUUCCCAUCUGGGACCAGGACAUACAGUUCCUGCCUGAGUCACAGAAGCUCGUCACCUGUACAGGGUACCACCAGGUCCGUGUCUAUGAUCCAGCCUCCCCACAGCGCCGGCCAGUGCUAGAGGCCACCUAUGGAGAGUACCCAUUGACAGCUAUGACUCUCACUCCUGGGGGCAAUUCGGUGAUCGUGGGGAACACUCAUGGGCAGCUGGCAGAAAUUGACCUUCGGCAAGGACGCCUACUAGGCUGUCUGAAGGGGCUCGCAGGCAGCGUCCGGGGGUUGCAGUGCCACCCUUCAAAGCCUCUACUAGCCUCCUGUGGCUUGGACAGAAUCUUGAGGGUACACAGGAUCCAGAAUCCACGGGGCCUGGAGCAUAAGGUUUAUCUGAAGUCUCAACUCAGCUGCCUUCUUCUGUCAGGCAGGGAUAACUGGGAGGAUGAGCCGCAAGAGCCUCCAGAGCCUAAUAAAUUGUCCCCAGAAGACACAGAGGCAGAUGAACUUUGGGCCUCCUUGGAGGCAGCUGCCAAGCGUAAGCUCCCUGAUUUGGAGCAGACCCCAGGAGCUUUCCAAACCAGACGGAGAAAGAAGAAGCGGCCUGGCUCUACCAGCCCCUAAAGGGCCUGAGCUCACUUUGUAAAUAAACAACUGACACACAUCAUGA